AUGGAUGAUGGGAAAGUAGUCAUCGCGAAACUUCCGAAUCCGAAUGCGGGAAGGCCGCAUUUUGCUACUGCUAGUGAGGUUGCGACUAUGGAUUUCUUGAGAGAUGUCAUGAAUGUCCCUAUCCCAAAGGUAAUCGCGUGGGGCUCCCGCGCAUCAGAGAGCCCCGUUCAGGCAGACUAUAUCCUUAUGGAAAGACAGACCGGUGUGACCCUGUCCGAUGUGUGGGAUAACCUGAAAGGGAAGCAGAAAGUCCAAAUCCUUGACCAGGUUGUUGAUAUUGAACGGCGGCUGGCCAGCGUGCAGUUCACGAAGUUUGGUGCUUUAUACUAUAAAGAGGAUCUUCCCGAGGGCUCCGAUUCUUCCUCACCUUUAUAUCGCGACUCAACUGGCGCCGAGAGAGAAAUCGCCACAGCAAAGGCUGGUCUGCGGUAUCCUUUGAUGCCAGAAGGUCUUUUCUACGGACCCAGACAAUACCAGCCUACCCUAGUAAAAAAGCUCUCCCCAUUGGAAGGCUAUAUAGAGGUCGCAUCUCAUGUUCUUCCAGAGAAUAAUACCACCCAUGUAUCUGUUUUAUGGCAUGGAGAUCUUCACUCGCAGAAUAUCUUUGUGGACCCUGAAGACCCAGCUCGCAUUGUGGGAAUUAUCGACUGGCAGUCCGUCAGUGCAUGUCCGCUCUUCAUGCAGGUCGGACGCCCGGCGUUUCUCGAUUACAAUGGCCCGGUUCCUGAUGAUUUGGGGAAAGUUCCUUUACCUUCAAAUUUCGACUCCAUGAAGCAAGAUGAGCAGCGGAGGGCAAAGGCACUACACCAGGCCCAGUCUUUGCAUAAUCUCUACCUGGUGCGGUGUCUCCAGCGCAAUAAAACUGCAUUUCAAGCGAUACAGGACCAAAUCUCACUCCGCCAUCAAGUUAGUGUCAUUCCAGGUUUAGUCUUGAUGGACUACGAGCCACUCCUCAGCAAUCCGUUGAGGGAUGUGCAGAAAGAAUGGGCAUCUAUAGUGGGUAUGACAGCGGAUGGCUCGCCCGUGACACCCUUCCCAUUGCAGUUCUCCGAGGAGGAAAUCCGUCGGCAGGAACAGGACGGCGAGCUCUGGGCUCAAGGGGUUGAACUCAUGGACGCGUUUGUCAGUGAUACUGGAUCUUUCAAACAUUGGGAUGGUAGGGCUAGUGAUGUGGACUAUGAGCAAUCUAGGAGAGAGCUAGAUGAGGGGGUGCAGAGGUUCCUAGACCGUGAAGCCAGGAACGAGGAAGAGCGUAGGGGGUGGCUCGAAGCCCUGCCAUUUGUCGAUUGA